UUGGAAUGCUUUCUUACACCACGUCAGGACUUUAUACAUCUCUGAUAUACAAGAAUAUGACAACCCCAGUGUAUACAACUUUGAAGGGGAAGGCGACCCAAAUAAGUAGCAGUCCUUUCCUGGGUGACUCCUCUGGCUCAGAGGAAGAAGACAGCUCGAGGUCCAGCUCCCGGACGUCAGAGUCAGACACACGCAGUAGGUGUGGGCCGGGCAGCCCCAGAGCCAUGAAACGAGGUGUGUCUCUCUCCUCCGUGGCUUCUGAAAGUGAUUACGCUAUUCCUCCUGAUGCUUAUUCCACAGAAACAGAGUACUCACAGCCAGAGCACAAGCUUCCUAAAACUUGCUCAUCUUCCAGUGAUAAUGGGAAAAAUGAACCACUGGAAAAAUCCGGCUACUUGUUAAAAAUGAGUGGUAAAGUUAAGACGUGGAAGCGGAGGUGGUUUGUUCUUAAAGGUGGUGAAUUACUUUACUACAAAUCUCCAAGUGAUGUAAUUAGAAAACCCCAGGGUCAUAUUGAACUUAGUGCAUCCUGCAGUAUUUUAAGAGGAGACAACAAACAAACAGUUCAGUUGACCACUGAAAAACACACAUACUAUCUGACUGCAGAUUCUCCCAACAUAUUGGAAGAAUGGAUUAAAGUGUUACAGAAUGUUCUUCGAGUACAAGCUGCCAACCCGCUUUUCCUGCAGCCUGAGGGCAAACCAGCUGUGAAGGGAUUGCUCACUAAGGUAAAACAUGGCUAUUCCAAGAGAGUCUGGUGUACACUUAUAGGGAAGACAUUAUAUUAUUUUCGUAGUCAAGAAGAUAAGUUUCCUUUAGGUCAGAUCAAACUCUGGGAGGCUAAAGUUGAAGAGGUUGACAGAUCCUGUGAUUCAGAUGAAGAUUAUGAAGCCAGUGGACGUAGUCUGUUAUCCACACAUUACACCAUCGUUACCCACCCCAAAGACCAAGGUCCAACUUACCUCUUAAUUGGAUCCAAGCAUGAAAAGGAUACAUGGCUUUAUCAUCUGACUGUUGCAGCUGGAAGUAACAAUGUAAAGGUUGGAUCUGAAUUUGAACAACUCGUUUGCAAAUUGCUAAAUAUAGAAGGGGAACCUUCCUCUCAGAUAUGGAGACACCCCACUUUGUGUCACAGCAAAGAAGGAAUCACUUCCCCUCUGACAACACUGCCUUCUGAAGCUCUACAGACGGAAGCUAUUAAGUUAUUUAAGACCUGCCAGCUUUUUAUAAAUGCAGCAGUUGACUCCCCUGCAAUUGAUUACCACAUAUCUCUAGCACAGAGUGCUUUGCAAAUCUGUCUCACACAUCCUGAGCUACAGAAUGAAAUUUGCUGUCAGCUUAUUAAACAGACAAGACGAAGACAGCCACAGAAUCAACCAGGACCAUUGCAGGGCUGGCAGCUCUUGGCACUUUGUGUUGGGCUCUUCCUUCCCCAUCAUCCUUUCCUGUGGCUUCUCAAGCUCCACCUAAAGAGGAAUGCAGAUUCCAGGACAGAAUUUGGAAAAUAUGCCAUUUACUGCCAGCGAUGUGUAGAAAGAACGCAACAAAAUGGAGAUCGAGAAGCAAGACCCUCAAGAAUGGAAAUUCUUUCAACCCUUCUUCGAAACCCUUACCAUCAUUCUUUGCCCUUCAGUAUACCAGUGCACUUCAUGAAUGGGAUAUAUCAGGUAGUUGGGUUUGAUGCAUCCACCACAGUGGAAGAAUUUUUGAAUACUUUGAACCAGGACACAGGAAUGAGGAAACCAGCACAGUCUGGAUUUGCAUUGUUCACAGACGAUCCUUCUGGCAGAGAUUUAGAGCACUGUCUUCAAGGAAACAUCAAGAUUUGUGACAUAAUUUCUAAAUGGGAACAGGCUUCCAAAGAACAGCAGCCUGGAAAAUGUGAAGGAACAAGAACUGUUCGUCUCACUUACAAAAACAGACUAUACUUCUCAAUGCAAGCUCGUGGAGAGACUGAUAGAGAAAAGUUGCUGUUAAUGUAUCAGACAAAUGAUCAAAUAAUAAAUGGACUUUUCCCUCUGAACAAGGAUCUGGCAUUAGAAAUGGCAGCUCUUUUAGCUCAGGUGGAGAUUGGAGAUUUUGAAAGGCCUUUCUCAACUCCAGCAGGGCAUGUUACCAAUCAGUGCAAAGUAAAUCAAACUCUAAAACAAGUCAUAGAGAAAUUUUAUCCUAAAAGGUACAGAGAUGGCUGUUCUGAAGAACAGUUAAGGCAGCUUUGCCAGCGACUUUCAACCAGAUGGAUGGCCCUCCGGGGACACAGUGCUGCUGAUUGUGUGCGCAUUUAUUUGACAGUAGCCAGGAAGUGGCCAUUCUUUGGUGCCAAGUUGUUUCUUGCAAAACCCAUAACUCCACCAUCACUUGGAAGUUCUUUUAUGUGGCUGGCUAUACAUGAGGAUGGUUUAAGCAUCUUAGAAUACAGCUCCAUGAGGUUAAUAGUCAGCUAUGUAUAUAAGAGUCUCAUGACCUUUGGAGGUUAUCAAGAUGAUUUUAUGAUAGUCAUUAACAAUACACACUCAAAGGACAAACCAACAGAGAAAUUACUUUUUGCCAUGGCAAAACCCAAGAUUCUUGAAAUCACUCUUUUGAUCGCCAGUUACAUAAACAACUUCCAUCAGCAAAAGGCAGCAUUUCACCACCUCUCUGCUCCAGCGCUGCUCUCAGCCCAGACCCAGGGACCCCAAGCCAGGGGAAUGGGAAGCCAGCCCCUUCUGUCAAGCAGCAGACCGACCAAAGGUCCCACCUUACUCUGAAAGCUCAGGAGCCUGAAUAUUCACUCAUUGUCCUCUGUGUAAUGGCUGCAUUACCUCCAAACAAGUCAUUUACACUCUGGCAGCAUGGCACCGACACAAGUAUUCCAAACUAACAAUAAUGGGGGCUACUCUCAAAAUGAAUCCUAAUGAUAAAGUAGAAACACAAAUUUGCCAACACACUAAUUUUCUCUUGGAGUAAUUGAGUUAGAAGUAAUCAUUUUUUCCGUCUCCCUUCUCUCUUGUCAUCAGACGCAUUGUGCAAUUUGGCUUUUCUUUUCUUUUCUUUUUUCUUUUUAGUAUUCUGGCAAUCGUUAGAGAGGGAAAUUCCAAACUCUCAUUUGGUAAACUGGUUGAUUAUUUGCAAAUGCUCACUGCCAAAAAAUUGAGUACUGUAAUUAAAUGUGCUUUUAAUUAAUGAUAUGGUAUUUGGAAAGGAAUAGAGUACACAGUGUAAGAAAUAGCUGCAGGGUGGUGGGCAGAGGUAAAUUUUUAGAGCAAGUACAAUAAAUCUUCUGGCUCUGUGAAUCAUUAUGUGAGAAAACAGGAGCUAGGUAACCAGGACCUAUGUGGUAUUAGAAAGUAUACCCUGUCACCUUUUCAGAUCACUGGAGUGUAAAAUUUAAAAAGAGGUAGUGAUUCCUAACAUUCCUUGGCUGUCAACAUAGCCCAAGUUUACUGGAAUAUUACCCACACUUCAUUGCAUUUGGUGCUGGGUCGUGUUGACCUUGCUUUGUUAAAUAAUAAUAUCUUUGAAAACAAAUACUAUCCUUAAAGCUUUACCCUUCAUGCAGUCCUAAUUAUAGUUUGAAAAUAUUUCUAAAAAUAUUUUUUAAAGAAAAUUAUUGUUGUGUCAAAGGAGAUAAAAUUUUAGUUUAAAGAGUCUUGAAAUGCAUUCCUUUACUAGUUUACGUAAGUGGUCAGUACAUUCCAGCGUGUAUUAGAACAAUGUAAUUAGUGUUCAUGAUAAAAAUGAAACUGUGAUAAGACAUGAAAAUUAUAUUAUAAAAAUGUUUAAUUGUAAUAGUAAUCCUG